UAAUGUAUUAUUUUGUAUUAAUUUAACUCUGACCUUUCCUCAGCAGAAUCUUUGGUCAGUGCUUACUGAGCUGCACUGGUUAUAUUGUACCUUGAUGUGACACAACCUGCUUGUCUUCCCUUGCCCAGGUGUUUCACGCCACUGCUCAAUCAUUGAGAUCUAUCCCGGCCUCAUCACAUGACUAUACUGCAGUGCUCCGCGUCAGAGCAGCGCAGGGUUCAAAGAUGCUGACUAGGAAGAUAAAGCUUUGGGACAUUAAUGCUCACAUCACGUGUCGACUUUGCAAUGGAUAUUUGAUUGAUGCCACCACAGUCACAGAGUGCCUACAUACCUUUUGUAGGAGCUGCCUUGUGAAAUACCUGGAGGAGAACAACACAUGUCCAACCUGCAGGAUCGUCAUUCACCAGAGUCACCCACUGCAGUACAUAGGACACGACCGUACAAUGCAAGAUAUUGUCUACAAACUGGUGCCUGGGCUCCAAGAAGCGGAGUUAAAGAAACAAAAAGACUUUUAUCAGAAACUUGGCCUUGAAAUGCCCGGAGAGGUGAAAGGUGAGACGUGCACAGCUAAACAACUGUUCGAUUCACUCCAUGAUGGUGAAACAAAGCCGGAAGAUGAUUCAAAUAAACAGAAGAUGGAGGACAAACCAGAGGAAGAACACGACUACCACAGAAACGAUGAACAGGUAAGCAUCUGUCUGGAGUGCAACAGCAGUAAGUUACGAGGCUUGAAGAGGAAGUGGAUCCGCUGUUCCGCUCAGGCCACCGUUCUGCACCUGAAGAAAUUUAUUGCCAAAAAACUCAACUUAACAUCAUUUAAUGAGCUGGAUAUUCUAUGCAAUGAAGAAAUACUUGGAAAGGAUCACACUUUGAAGUUUGUUGUUGUCACUCGAUGGAGAUUUAAGAAAUCGCCACUCCUGCUACACUACAGGCCUAAAAUGGACCUGCUAUGACAUGAAGUUUUAUUGCCAGCAGAACUUCAUAAGGUGCAACUGUUGCAGAGACUAUCACCCAGCACUCAAACAAUGCAUCAGUGGAUCUAGCAUGUGGCAGCCACACACCAGCAAACGCACAUACCAGAUCAGAGGUACUGUUCAACUGGGACUGACUCAACAAAAGCCUGCUUCCGUGCUCUCUCCUACAUUGUGUGGAAUCGCUCAUGUUUAAGUGGGUUUACAGUCAUAAUAUUAUUAUGAAAGGAUCAAAUGAAAUUGCACCAAGACACUUUUUAUACCUGGUUUCUAAAGAAAAAUGCAGUGUCAUGAAUUUGAUGUGUUAGGCGGCUUUGUUGUUGUGGGCACAAGAUAUCUUUUAUAGUUUACAUUUUGCUUUAGCAGCUCCGUGAACCUGCGUGUGAUUUGGAAAUGUUUAAUUAUGCCGUUUAUUAAUCUGCGGGUUGCUUUGGCUUUCUUAUUUAAAGGACCUUUGGAAUCAUUUUUAUAGUUCCAGAUCAAAGAUUAUGAAUUGAAGUUGGUAGAUUUUUAAAAAUAUCUUAUCAGAUGAAAUUCCUCUGUUUGCUGUUUGAACAGAUAUUUACCCACAAAUUUUUGACUUUAUAAAAUAUAUACUCCAGGUUUUUCAGCUUCUCGUCAUAUUCUAAUCUGAUCUGUUAACACUUCUUUCAAAAAUAAACCCUUUUGGAUCCGCUGUAGCACAUUCCAACGUUGAAGCUCUCAGCAACCAAGUUUUAAAGACACCCACAAAAAGCGGGAGUAACUCAGUAACUAGUACUCAGUACGCAGCUGGUUUAACUGGAGUAACAGCAGCUGAGUUACUCCAGCUUUUUGUGUCUGUCUUUGGUUUAAACCAGCAUCCAGCAGUUACUCCACACACAACUGAGUUCCAAAGUUGUACAAUACACUACUCACAUUCUGUUUCCUGCCCUUGAAGCCACAGAAUUGCAACAUUGAGUCUGAGCACUGUCGAGAAACAUACUCCAGCAUCUUGUGGAUCAAAGGUAGACACAAAAUGCUGGAGUAACUCAGCCGGUCAGGCAGCAUCUCUCGAGAGAAGGAAUGGGGGAAGUUUUGGGUCGAGACCCUUCUUCAGACUCAUUAUGGGUGACGUUUCGGGUCGAGACCCUUCUUCAGACUGUGGAACAAGCCAGUAGUUUAUAGUCUGAUAUGUCGUCCCAAUCCGACAGAUCCCAUCGGCAAUUUGCUUUUGCAUAUCCCCUGAGCUGAACAAAUAUCAAGUGGUCCAUUUAAAUUGUUCAACCAAGAUCCUAGUAAGUGGAAUUUCUCAGUUCAUGUCUUUGGUGAGAUAGUUAUGAUUAUCAUUGCUUUUAUUGUCUGUUUACAGUAACCAUCUAUCUUCCAUUGGAAUGUCUACAACUCUCCAACUUACCCAGGAGAGGUGCUAUAUGUCUGUUACAUCACAGAAACAUCAACGUUAUUUUGUAAGAAUGGAUGUUCACCUGUGUUAAAGAUGGGGCUGGUAAUCUCCAGUACUUUCAUCACUAUUCCUUACCCUAAUGAUAUUAAAAAUCUUGGAUUGAGAGAGGGGAUAUAUGAAGGCAGAAAUGGGGAUCGAUAUUCAUCCAUAUUGUUCAUGGUACGUUCUGAAGGACUAUAUAUAUAUGGAUAUAUAUAUAUAUAGCAGAUUAUGUGUUUUAGUUCUUGGUAUUUGGUGGUAUUUUUGCACUGUGUACCAGGUUUCUAAGAUAAACAAUCUCUUUUUUCAAAGAUGGUACAGCAUUAGAGUUGUGUAUUAAUAUACCAGGACAGAAUUACGCCUCGACAGUGUUCUUGUAAAUAAUCAAAUGUGUAUAACUGACUUCAAAGAUUUUGAUAGGGAAUGUCUGACCAUUGCAACUGCCUGUAAAGUGACUCAUAAAAUACUAUUUUUGGCAGGGAUCAAUAACAUUUUUAAUCUAGGCAGCAAGAAAGUUAACAAAAUUACAGUCUCUAUGAUUUUUAUGACAGAUUAAAUGAAAUAUCAUUUCAAAGCUGUGUCCAACUUAACUUCUGACGAGUUUUGAUUGAUAUAAAUGAAAAAGCAAUAAGCAAAGUCCAUUUCCUCCACAGAUGCUACAUGACGGGCUGAGUUACUCCAGCACUUUGUGUUUUGCUCAACAUCCUAGUGCAACUUUAACCUUCAGCUGUAGAAACAAGGAACUACAGAUGCUGUUUUACAAAUAAUGCCACAAAGCGCCGGAGUAACUUAGCAGGUCAAGCAACAUCUCUGGAGAACAGGCAUAGGUGACGUUUCGGUCGGGACCCUUCUUCAAACUGAUUGUGGUAGGAGAGGGAAAGAUUCAUGUGCACCUCAUCUCCGGCAUCUCCCACUGUGGUUUCCUGUACAUCAGCGAGACCAUGCCUAGACUUGGUGACCAUUUAGCUGCAUUAUUGCGCUUGGUCCACCAAGGCCUGCUGGAUAUCCCGGUUGCUAACCAUUUUAACUCCCCUUCCUAUUCCCACACUGACCUUGCUGUCCU